AUGAACCUUGACUUGCAAACAUCACAAGUAUUUACCGAUUAAACUUUAGGUUCAAAAGCAGAUAAUCAUGAAUUUAGCUCUUUGGGGAUGACUAAAGCUGAUGGCUUUUAAAAUUAACAACCAGAUAGAUUUAAGUAAAAUCUGAAUGGGGUUACAGGAACAGAUAAACGAAUGGUAAUGUCUAGUAGUGCACUUUGUGAUCCUAAUACUAUAGUAGAUUCUUACACUAUAUACUCUUAAAAUUUACUUAACAUGAUGAGUAAGUGCUCUGGUAUGAGUAAAUAGAAAAUUUAGAACUAUCAACCCAACUAAAAGAAGGUUGUGAAUUUAAAUCGAUUUCAGCCAACAGCAGGAAAAGAUCAAUAGCAGCAAAAUACCUAGCUAAUUAAUUAAUGCAAAAUCUAUCUUACAGUAAAUGAUGUUAAGAAAAGAUAUGCAACUUAAUUAAGUAAGCAUGAUAAUAUCAACUUCCAUGAAGAAAAUUAGCUUUUGUUUACAUCUAAAGCAAAUCAAUUAAACCUCAUAGUGAACUGUGAAGACUACGAAAAAAUUUCAAGUACCUACUGCAAAAUUAAAUAAAAAGAAAUCAUUAACCCAAUUUAAGUAGAUAAAGAGUUAAACUAUUUCAAUAAUCAUAUAAUAAAUGGACAAUACUUAGAGAAUAAUCAUUAGGAAUAAAAACAAGAUCUUAGCUUUUAUGAAAAUCAUUUCAAGAUAUUGAAAGAAUCAGAAAAGAAGAGGAAGUUGCAAUAAGAUCUACACACUUGA